AAGGAAAAAAAAAAGCAGACACCCAACCGACGCACGGCUCGCCCCCGCCGGCGUCGCUCGCCGUCCGUCGCCGAAGCCGCUCGCCCCCGCCCCCGCUCCCGCCGCCGUUGCCGACGCCCUCGCCGACGCCGACGUCCCAAAACGGGAUGUGGCCAGGCUGGACAGCAUUGGUUGCCUGUCCUAUGAGGGGCAUUCAUUCGUUGAUCAUAGUGUUAUUGGUGGUUACCUGCAUGCAGUGGCCAGCAACUGCUGUCAUUGUUAUUCCAAAUUCAAAUUGUUUUACAUUCGACAAUCAUAGUCGACUUGUUGAUUUUACAAACCUUGCUGGGGAGAACUUCGAAUAUAAUGAAAAGGGCUCAGUACCUUCUGAUUUGGUUGUCCAGUUCUGCAAAGAUGUGCAGAGAAGAUCUCAAGCAGGUUAUGUGGACUUUGGACGUUUUAUCAGUUCUCGCUCUUUUUUAACUGCUUCACAGCCUAUUGACUUUAUUCAGACAUUCCAAAAUGGAGAUCUAGUGCACUGUGAAAAUACUUUUGAGAAGAUGGGCCGCACAGCACAGGUUAACAUCAUAUGUGGUCAAUGCCCACAUAAAACAUGCAAAGGCAAACAAGGAUGCAUCUGUAGCAUAUCUUAUGAUGAACUGAUAUGCAGGGUGGUUGUUGAACUUGCUAUUCCAUGCCCUAAAAGUGGUCCAAGAGUAUUUAAGGGUUUCAGUGUCGGAUUCCAUCCACGGUCGUCAGAGCUGGUUUAUAAUGGAUUGACUCAACUGGGAUUUGAACAACUCCAUCAUGAGUUCAGCUUUCAGAGUGAGCAGAGUCAAGUAUCCCUGUAUCUUAGUGCAGUGUAUUCACUUUCAGGACUUGUUGGAAAACCUUCCUUCAAGGUUAAUCCAGUUAAAGGGCUUGAUGUAACACUUACAGGAUCAGGGACCAAUGGUGCUAUGCCUACUACCCUGUCUCCUACUGUUCUGAAUGUGAUCUGGAGAUGUGAAAUCGCUCGAAGCAGUCCUUAUGAAGUCAACAUUUUGAUCCCAGUAGAGGGCUAUGAUCCAGUUGAAUUUACACUUACCAAAGAAUGUGGUCACAUACAAGAAAAAGAGAGCAAUCCAAUGAGAGGCUGGGCAACAUUUGGGAUUAUUUCUUGCAUCUUCAUUAUAUUAUCUACCAUUCAUUCUGUUGUUCUACGGUGCAGCUUCAUUAUAUUGUCGAGUCUACUUUGUUGUGGAGGGUUCAUCUACAAAACCCGUAUGGAACAUCAGUCUGGUUUAUAUGCACUACCUGGGAUGACCAUCUUAUCUGCUCUUCUGGAUGCUGUUGGGGGACCAAGCUAUUUGAGAGCAGAUGAUCAUAGCGGAAACCAUGCAAGCCAAGCAUCAUGGGAACGCGUGCCUGGUAACUCACAAGCAGCAGGUGCUAUAAAAGAUAGGAGAUAUGGGUCAAUGUAAACCGAAGAUUGUUUAGUUUUUAAGGAUUGUUUCUUGUAUGCUUGUAUUAUGCACUGAAAUCAGAGAAACUCUGCACUUUAGCGGUAAUUGAACUUCCGGAGCAUUGCUUAUCAUCAUUUCA